UGUUUAAAUACUCUCCAGUUUUAUUCAUUCCUUUGUCAGAAUGCCUGUAGCCUUGACCGUCCCCGUAACCACACUCCCUGCUGGCCGGAAGAGGAGCAUAAGGAAAAGGACACCUUCUCUCCAGUCUCUGCCCAUAUUCACAACCACAGAGGUCGUGCCCCAGUCUUUGCCAGUGCUCACGACCAUGGAGGUCGUUCCCCGGUCUCUGCCCAUAUUCACGACCAUGGAGGUCGUUCCCCAGUCUCUGCCCAUAUUCACGACCACAGAGGUCGUUCCCCAGUCACUGCCCGUGCUCACGACCACGGAGGUCGAUCCCCAGUCUCUACCCCUGCUCUUGACCGCAGAGGUCGAUCCUCAGUCUCUGCCUGAACUCUCUACCACGGGAGUCACUUCCCAGUCAUCCACGGUUCUUAGCCCCGAGCCUUCCACUGACUCUUCCCUUGAUCCUCCCAAGAUUCCGCCUUCCACGGCCUCGUUCCUCGAACCUUACAUGGCCUCAUCCCUCAAGCCCUCCACGGCCUCAUCCCUUGAUCCUCCCAUGACUCUGCCUUCCACGGCUUCGCCCCUCGAGCCCCUGACGGCUCCGCUUUCCACGGCUUCGCCCCUCGAGCCCCUCACAGCUCCACCUUCCACGGCUUCACCCCUCGAGCCCCUCACGGCUCCGCCUUCCAUGGCUUCGCCCCUCGAGCCCCUCACGGCUCCGCCUUCCACGGUUUCGCCCUCGAGCCUCUCACGGCUCCACCUUCCACGGAUUUGCCUCUCAAGCCUCUCACGGUUCCGCCUUCCACAGCUCCACCCCAUGAGUCUUCCACGGCUCCGCCUUAAAUAG